AUGGGAUUUUUGAGUGGUGUGCUUGAGGCGGUGAAGGAUGAAAAUGAAGUGACAACUUAUGAUAAUUACAUCACUGAGAAUGAUAAAAAGCUUGAAAAAGUACUUAACACCUUAACUAAACAAAUUGGCUCAGGGCGUGAAGGGCUUGCGGCGUCUGUCGGCGCGGUGAAGGGGUGGUUGGAGGGGUAUGAAAGAAAAUUGAAUGAGAAAAUUAAGAAAGUGAAAAAUCCAAUAAACAAUCUCGAAAAUGAACUAGAAAGGCAAAAACAAAAUAUCGAAAAACUGAAAAAUAAGGAAUAUGAUAACGCAAAAAAUUCCGACUUGGCCGACUGCAUUCGUGACCUUGACAAACUUACAGAGCAAUGUAAGGAGUCAUCCAGAAGUUUAAAAUCUGUAGAUUACAACUUUCAAAAACAAUUGAAGCCGCACGUUGAGAAAAUAUGCCAAGCAGCGGAGACGUUUUUAAGGAACGCUGUCCGUGACCAUGAUGACCUUUUAAAGGUAUGUAACAAUCUUAACGACGAACUGGGAAAUUUGCAAGCAGCUGUAAUAUCUCAUGCGAACGUAGAAGGAGAACAGUGUAUAACUCAUGUUAAAAAGGAAUUUGAGGAAAAAGUUAAGACGCCGAUUCAAGGUGUUAAAAAUAGAUUGUACGGUCUCAAUUCUGAAUUGGAACGGUGGUAUACGUUGGCUAAGCAGGUUUUGACUAAGGGAACAAGCAAAUGUGAUGAAAUAUUGGGACAUGUUAAAGAUAAGAAUCAAUCACAAAAAUGGAGAGCCGUUGAAAUUGCGGCAAGCACAUUGAAGAGCAGAGCGGAUGCACUUCGCGAGCUUGUAAUACAGGCUAAAAGGCAAUUGACGGUGGAAAUUCAAAAUGCGCUUUCGCAGGUCGUAGUCCUGGACAGAGCGGUUAGGACUGGAUUGAAGAACACAAAAGAUUUCAUCAAGGAAGCGAUGAAAAACUAUGUUAGCAAUAAGUUGCUGGCUGAAAUUCAAACACAAAUUAAGAGCAUCGAAGGGGAUCCACGUAACGGCCUAACACAUAUUAUGGAAGAGGUGAAGAAGUAUGCUAUGAAAUUUAAGCAGGAUGGCGAACAUGGGUUUGAAAGCAUAGUAAAAUACUGGAUUAAUGACAUAUUGGUGAUGGAACCUGUGAAGGGAUGGCUUGAAAAGUAUUUCGAAGAAAAGAGUAGGUUUAAAAAUGGGUAUGAAGAGUGGAAUGACAAGGGGAAAAGCAGUUCAGAACUUACACUAAAAUUAGCAGCUUUAAUUACGAAGCACUUAACGGCUGAAAUCAAUGCAGCUGUUAAGAACGCGCAACAUGUCAUCGCCAAUGAUACCAUUAGCAACCAAGUCAACGCCGUUCAAUUUAGUUGUGAUAAAUUUGCCAGUCAACUUGGAACCCGAAUCAAAGAUAACAAUCAUUCAUUACUUAUAGGCGUUGCCAAAGCGAUUAAUGAUGCAGCGAAGGGUAACGACAAAUUUCACAACAGUCGUGAACUCACGGACGCUGUGGAAUCCAUCCUUCACCAACUUGUAAGUGUUGCGAAGAAAACUGAAGAAGCAAUAAAAUCCUUCACCUGUAAUAAUUCGGAUAUGAGCGCAGACGUGGAUGCUGCUCUCAAAGUAGCUACGCAUCUCAAGACUGCGUUAACAACUUCGGUCAUCACAUCCACCGUGCCCAUACCUCCAGACGACAUGGAACCGUUCGAUCUUAAGACAAACGUAGAAGGCAUCAUUCAUGGAAUACUGAAUAAGGAGAUUGGAAUGGAAAAUAAAAUUUCCGACAAAAUAGCUAAGCUCAAUGAAAGAUUUGAGUUGUACGGUGAAUUAAUUAGACAAGAUAAUGUACCCCGUAUUGCGGAGACAAGCGCUAAGCUUAUCGGAAAACUCGACGAAGGUAAGUUCCCAACGAUGAUCAAAGGAAUUGAAGACAAGGUGAACGGUGUCAAUCAUUUGGGAAGAGUUAUUGAUGGCAGCACAUCCGAUUCUAGUCCCGUUAAUGUUAACGGUCAAGUACACAUUGACACUUUCAAACAAUUGUGCGACCAAGUUAAUAGCGAACUCAAAUCUCUCUGCGAUUCCGUGAAAGAGUUGGUUGAUAAUGAUGCUGAUGAAGGUAGCAAUGGUUUAACUCCAUCUACGAAAAGAGGCGUAAAGAACCUUCUGAAUGACUUGCAAAAAAUGCUUGACACCAGUAAGACUGGAACACUAUAUGGACUGCCAAAACAUCUUCAGGCAAUACAUGACGAGGUAAAAAAUACAGUCAUUGGCGACGACCACAGCUUUAGUGGCGACCGAGCGCCUCAAACUCUCGCCGAAAUAGUGAAAGCUGCCAACGAAUUUCAUACAACAACAAUAAAGCAAAAGGUCGACCAAUGCAUCUCUGACAUCACCGCCAAAGUCAAACAAGAGGUCACCGAAAAAAUAAAAAACCUUAAAAACGCGGCCCUCGCACAAUUUACUAAACGUAAAACUGCCGAGUUAGAGGAGCUGAAGAAUUCGGUUAACGUCCAGAAGAAUAUCAUCGAUAACAUUAUUUUCACAAAUCAGACAACCGGCCUCAAAGGUCUCAUGAACACUAUUGGCAGCAACCUUCAGGCGCACAUCGAUCCACUCAUAUACGUAGAUUUCACUAAGCUUUCUAACGAUUUUAGAUGUUUUGUUAAUCCCCUCUUUACCUACAUCACCUCCCAACUCACCCCCUCCCCCUCCUCCCAACUGGUCGCCGACCUCCAAACCCGCACCUACGCCCUCCUAUCACACCUCCACGAGAACAAACGCACCUUCACCUUCGACUCCGGUUUCCGCUCCCUCCUCCACGGCCUGACCUCCGCCCUGUCCACGUUCAACGCCGCUGCAUUCGCGAACCCGCACCACCCGCAACUCCUGGAUGCGCUGAAGGCAGGGAUGCGAGGGCUGGUAAAGGAGAUGGAAAAGGCGUAUGUUAAUAGGUAUUGUGGUUGUGAGGGGAUUACGUGGAGUAAGGUCGACGAUAAAUUUGAUCCAACCGACGACGCUAAGCGCUGCGCCAAGGUGUUGAUGAGCUGCCUGCCGAUGUUGCUUAACGACCUGAGCAAGGUGAAGGAGAGGUGCGCAAAUAAGGGUGAGUGGAGUAAACUUAAAAUUAAUUCGCAUCCUAAAAACAAGCUCGGGCCUUUCCUGAAGUCAUGUGGCUACAGUGUUGCUAGCGAUGUUCCUUUGCAGGAUGGCGAGCUGCAGAAUUCGUCCAAGAUGAAGGGAGAGAAUAUCCACAAAAUCGUUGCAGAUGUCAAAGCCAUAUCUCCAGAUGAGCACGUUCCGCAAUGUAGGUCGCCAAAGAAAACGGAGAAUUUUGACAUGAUCGACUACAUCAUAUGCCUUUGCGAUCACCUUCACGAAUACUACCGUGUCAACCACUACGCCACGUUCACCUCCAAGAAACAUCCUUCAACAAUAAACGACAUGCUCCAGUGGCUAAGCGGCCUUCCGUUUAAUACUGUCUACUCUGAUCUCGCGCUUAAUGGCUUUGAGGAUCUGUUUGAAGAGCCGGAGGACACAGACGCCAAAGCAAUUAACGUCGAUAUAUUGGUAGAAGUAGAAAAGGAAAGAUCGUUGGAUGCCUACCCAGAGAAGAUCACCGUUGCCAAACUAUCUGGCGUACUCACAGAAGUAUGCCACCACGCGGAGGAAACGCUCAUCUCCUUGCUGGGUCACGGUCACGGUGACGGCAUUUAUGCCUGCGACUUCAACACCAACUCGGCCAAAUUAACGUACCCUAGUGACCCGUCCAAAUGUCUCGAUCUACUGUUCGAGGUGAUCAGCAGGGUAUACAAUCAGCUGUUUUUCCUCUUCAAGCAGUGCUCGUACAGCACCAAGCUGGGCGGAUGGUACGAUUGCUGGUAUGGUCAGGGAGUCGGCGGGUCCGCUUGGAACUGCAAUACCCUGCAAUGUCCUGGGCAAAGAGGUGACCAAAAGGCUGGCCAAGAGCACAACCAAAAGUGCAACCAAAGCUGUGACCAAACAGCUGAGUGCGGACUCAAAUCGCCACUCCAGUCGUUCCUUGAAGACGGCCUCCCUGGCUUCCUCCCUCACCCCUACAGCAAGUCCAACUGCAAGCCUACCUGCACUGCGCCCGGUCACUUCGGCAAGGUAUGCAUCACGCCCAUGGGCUUCAACGACAUCAGCGGCAUGGCCUCGCGCAGGCAGCAGGGUAGGCAUAUCACGGACGUGCUCCGCGAAUUCUGUGGCAGCGAGCACGCUCCGCUCAGCCGUCUCUGUGGCCUGUUGACAUGUCUAUUGACUAGACCGCCGCAGACGCUGGGAGAUAUGUUCGCGUUUUAUUAUAACUUCUUGAAUGGGUGGUAUUCUGCUAAGCUGAAUGGGCCACGCGAGAAGCACAGAGAGAUUGCGUUUAGCCUAGCCGUCAAAGAUGCCAACUUCAAAAAUAGCGAUAACCCGUUGGAGGUGCACUCAAUGUUUGAAAACAUUCAUCACCGUGCCAGCGAGACAUCUACCCAUCCAAAAGGUGAUCUGUUUAGUCUUGUAGCCUGCGAUCAACCAAUGGCUGAGAACACAUACUGCGGCCGGUACCUGCAGCCUUGUGGUCAACAUAUAUGGACAGUGUUCUCCAAGGAACACGCCGACAAGUACCUAUCGUGGAUCGUAUACCUCACCGAAACAUUCUAUGAUUUGUUGAAAAUGUUAUAUGAUGAUUGCAAUAAUAAGUGCGGCCAAGACCAUUCCAAGUGCAAUCGCACCAGCUGCGCUGUUGAUUGCAAAACAAAAUUACCAUCGAAAUCUAAAAUUCCAACUCAAGACAGAUACCACGAUUCUAAAUGCCGUACCAUCGUAACGUGCAAGUCAACGCUUCCGACAUUCUGCAGAUAUGGCUUCGUGUUUGACAGUCCUCAAUCCCUUAGCGGCGAGUAUGGCGAUGAUAAGAAGAGGACGUGCAAAGAUUUCUGCAGGGCGUUGAACAGAGUACUCAGCGACGAUAAGAAAGUGAAUGACGUACUUGCUAAGUUGAAAUUCGAGACCAUUCCAACUUUCUUGUGGAACAUCCGAAGCAAAUUCUUCUGGCUCACCGUCGCCCUCUGGCUCCUCUCCUUCCUCUACCUCCUACACAUCAUGGUCAUCCGCCUCGACCUGCUCCACAUCAAAUCUCACUUGCACUCACCCUCAUCACAUCGCAUCGCCGCGCAAUCACUACUCGCCGCUGCACGUGUUAACAAGCUGGGGAGGGUGUUUUACCUGCAACCAUAA